AUGCCCCUCCCACCGAGGCCACUCUACCUGGCCCAACGUGGCCCGCAGCUCCUCGCAGGACCAAUCACCGCCUACGCACUCACCCAGCUCGCCCAUCGUUUCGUACCUGCGUACGAAUCUACGACUUUCCAAACGGUCGUUGCGGUCCUCCUCAGCGGCCCAAUCUUAUUCGCGCUCCUAUUGUCUUAUGACGACGUAAAGAAUUAUUUUGCGGCACGGGUGCUCGGUGCUCGGUUGCCUCCGCGCGUCUUGGACUACAGUCCGGGAAAUGUGUGGUCGAUUGUGAAGGAGCUAAGGGCGGUUGAGGCGGGAUAUCUCACGGAUGGCAUCGAAGAGAACGCCGAGUAUUGUGGAGGAUAUGUGUUCAAUUUGAGGAUUUUGUUCCAGAAUAGGAUGAUUACCCUUGAGCCUGAGCAUCUGAAGGCGGUUACUGUAGUCUAUGAAUGGCGCUGA